UAGGAGCCACGUACAGGUGGGCGGGGUCUGGGGCUCCGGCCGCGCGGGGUGUGGGGCGGGCGUCCCUGGAGGGGCGCGCGGUGACGGAUGAUCGCCCAGCGGUGCCUGGUCAGCCUCACCUUCUGUGCCUGCUACCUGGCUUCCUACCUUAUGAACAAGUAUGUCCUGUCUGUCCUGAAAUUUACCUACCCCACAUUGUUCCAAGGGUGGCAGGCGCUCCUGGGUGGCCUUUUGCUGCAUGUGUCCUGGCGCCAGGGCUGGGUGGAGAUCAACCGAGACUCCAGAUCGGAUGUGCUGACAUGGCUCCCGGCCUCGGUGCUGUUUGUGGGUGUAAUCUAUGCAGGGUCCAGGGCCCUGUCCAGACUGGCCGUGCCUGUGUUUCUCAUUCUGCACAACGCAGCGGAAGUCAUCAUCUGCGGGUACCAGAAGUGUUUUCGGAAAGAGAACAUAUCUUCUGCAAAGAUCUGCAGUGCCCUCUUCCUCCUGGCCGCUGCGGGGUGCCUUCCCUUCAACGACCCCCAGUUUGAUCCAGAGGGAUAUUUUUGGGCUGUAAUUCACUUAUUCUGUGUAGGGGUUUAUAAAAUACUACGCAAGGCCUGGAAACUCAGCACAUUAAGUGAUAUUGACCAGCAGUACUUAAACUAUAUAUUCAGUGUGGCACUCCUGGCUUUGGCGUCUCAUCCCACAGGUGACCUCUUCAGCGUCCUGGACUUCCCGUUCCUGUAUUUCUACAGAUUCCACAGCAGCUGCUGUGCCAGUGGGGUUCUCGGGUUCCUGCUCAUGCUGAGCACAGUGAAGCUGCAGAGCCUCAUGGCCCCUGGGCAGUGUGCAUCCUGGGUCUUCUUGGCUAAGCCUCCUGCUGGGUGGGCUCGGAGAGGCCUUGCUGGUUUUCUCAGAGCACAAGGGCUGCUGAUGACCGUGGUCAAGGAUGGAGACUCACGAGUGGAGAACACCAUGCCCUGGCCUCAAGCUCCCCGUUGGAGCAUCAGAAAGAAGAACCCAAGGACAGGGUCACCGAGCCUGCCCACACCCUGCCAACCUGCAUGCUGCAGAGACGAAAUUGCUUGUCAUGGCUUGGGGAGAACUUUGUGGGGGCUCUGGGCUGUGGCAGAUGGGUGGCCGGCAUUGCAUCUUAACCUCUGAGACUCUCCGGGUGUGCCGUGCUCAGUUCUGCAGAAACAGGAAGUGCAGGAUUUCACUGGGCUGGCUCCACACAGCUUGCUCCACCAGACCCUGCUUUGUCUGCCUGCUCUCUGCUUAUCACCUAAGGUAGAGAUGUUCAGAGUGACCUGUACACAAAGUAGCCUGCAACUUGCUUUUGUUCUUUACCUGGGAUGUCAAACUUUCUAUAGACCGAUGAUCAAAUAGGAAAGCCUUAUUCUUUUGCUCGCACAAAACUCUCUAACCACCGAGAUCAGUUCUUUUCCACUUGCAGAAAGUGGCAUCUGCCCAAAUGUCACCAUACGCCUGUCUUUGCAGCUGCCCUUUAAGCUCAUGACGCGUCCUCAGCCUCCAGAGAACCACGCCGUCCAGAAGCCCAGUCCCACUCCCCGAAGGAGGACUGACCUCAAAAACUUGUGCUGAAAAGUUUGAGAUGCUUUGUUUUAAGGAUCUCGAUAUAGCCAAGGGUGUUUUGGGCUUUGGUUUGUUUUCCAUCACAUCCCAGGGUCCUGUUGUUUUGUAAAGCCUGGGUCUUUCUUACUUUGACACUAGCAGCGGCCAGCGCACACCAUACUGUUCCCUUCUUGUCUCCGUCUGUUUCUAGAUGUUUUCCUCAAGUUUUAGCCUCUGUCUUUUAGAUCCAUGUUCAUACGUCCAGCCCUGAACUCGGGAGUCUGUGAUUCGGGGCUUCCGGAUCCCUGGUAGUCUCCGCCAGCCCUGGUAGGCGCCUGGGUCCCCCGAGGGUAAUCUCCAGGUAAUCCCAUGCCUCUGUUACCCACAGGUCUACAGUUCUGUGGCCCCAGGUCAACGCCAGGGUUUUUUUGCGGGGGGUACCGGGGAUUGAACUCGGGUCCCUGUGCUUGGGCAGCGGGCGGCGAUACCACUGAGCUAAAUCACCAGCCCCAACGCCAGGGUUUUUUAUUUGUACACAUACAGUAAAGACUGUUUUCUGCCAGGAGGGGCAUGGUUCUAUGUGGUUGUGUAAUACUUAUCUGCUGUGGAUACAGAGAAAAAUAAACCAUUUAUUUUCUUGGUAA